AUGGCGCUCUUUCAGCGGUUCAUUGAGCCUGGCCGCCUGUGCGUGGUGCAGUACGGUCCUGACGAAGGCAAGCUCUGCUUCGUCGUGGACAUCAUCAACCUCAACCGUGUCCUCGUUGAUGGGGCCGGCGUAACAGGAGUGAAGCGUCAGUCGAUUCCCAUUCGUCGUGUGGCGCUGACGGAUAUGCGUUUGAAGAUUCCUCACGGCGUUCGCUCUGUAACUCUGCGUAAAGCUCUUGAAAAAGAUGAUGUAAUAAAGAAAUUCAACGAAACAGCCUGGGGAAAGAGGAGGAUCGCGAAGCAGCGGCGCGCGGCGCUGACAGACUUUGAGCGAUUCAAGUUGAUGGUGGCCAGGAAGCAGAGGGCUCAGGCCGUACGCAGCAAGCUUUCCAAGAGAAAGUAA